AAAAAUCAAUUAAAAAAGGUGAAGAAAAAAAGAGCUGCGAGAGAGAGAGAGAGGUGAGUCAGAGAACGAAAAGACGACUGUUUCUGCUCGAUCUAAUCCCGACUCAGCGCGAAGUGGAGAGAGAAGGGGUGGAGGAGGAGGAGGAAGAAGAAUAAGAGGGGGAAGCGCGAAGCAAAGAGAAGAAGCGCUCAAACAACCGAGGGAGAGAACAAUCGGAGCUCCGCUCGCCGCCGGCGAAGGCGCCUCGGAGUAGAAUCGAGGCGGUGGAUCCGGCUGCUGCGAGUUUGCGGUGAGGGCAUCUCGAAUUCCCCCUCCCCUCUUCUUCUGCCUGCGUUCUCGUUCCCCCCCAGGAUUGGCUUCUCUUUCCUAUUCGUGUUAUCCGUCUUUCUCUGCUUCUCUCGCCUUGAUCCGCCCGCGGAGGCAAUUGAGGCCCACUUCGCUUAAUUGUGGGUUCUCCGAUCGCGGACCGGGGAGCAGAUCGUCGCCUGCUUCUUUGGUGGGGUUCCGGGUUGCAAUGAGAGCUUCCCGAGCUGGCCGCUACUAAAUGGGACUUGAUUCUGGUUGUUUCUCGGAUUUUAGGGUUUUCGAUCUCUGUGUGAGAAAAUUCCGGUUUCAGGUUUCCAUCUCUGUGGGCACAGAUUCCUGAUCUUGUGUUGCUUGUGGGGUUCGUCUGUGGAAGAUAAGAUUUCUGCCUGCAUUGGUGUCUCUGAGGUGCUGGGAAUCGUGCAUAGCUUGCUUUCUCUGUAAGAGAAGGUGCAAACGCUGAUAUUGGCUAAAACCCAGAGAUAUAAUAGGAGUGGAGGAAGCUCUUAUAAUCGUUUGCUUUCAUGGUGAUUUAUAUGGCUACUGUUUGUUGAGAGUUGCCGCCGCCACCGAUGCUGCAGCGGCAACCAUCGCUGCCACCACCGAUGUUGCAACCACAGCCACCGGUGACGAAGCAUUCCCGUACCCACCUUAGUGACUUAAAAUCACAGAUAGCAAAGCGGCUGGGCCAUGAGCGAGCAAAUAACUACUUCAGCUAUCUGAAUGGUUUACUGUCACAGAGGCUAAGCAACCGUGAGUUCAACAAGCUUUGCAUUUUGACACUCGGUCAUGAGAAUCUUCCCUUGCACAAUCAGCUGAUCCGGUCGAUCCUUCAAAAUGCCUGUCAAGAAAAGGCUCCUCCUGUCAAUUAUGGCAAAUUUGCACAAAGGUCAACUGUUAUUAUGUCAAAGACAUCUCCUCAAGUAGAUGAUGGACUUGAUUUUUCACAAGCCCGGACACAGUCAGGAAAUUGGUCCAAUGGGGAUAUCUUGCCACGGUCACCGUGCAAGUUUAAGAGUGGUAUUGAUAAUCACAGUAUCUAUGACCACCCUGGUCCUCUUCGACCAAAUGGGAAGGUGGAGGUUGGUUUCCGUGAGAACGGUGUCAUGAACUCAUGUAAUUUGAAGAGACCAUUGCAGCGACAGCAGGAUGGACCUUGCAAGCUGCCAACAAAGAGAACAAGGAUCGAGGAACCAUCACUGCAUGACCAGGGCUCUGUACAUAACAAGGUUCUUUCUGAAGCAGUUCUCCUAGAACAUGUGGAGGAUGUGGACUGUAGGGGUAGUUUAGACUCCCAUAGACAUCCGCUUCGGGCUCCACUUGGAAUUCCUUUCUCUUUGACGAGCAUUGGCAAGGCAAGAAGGACACUUCUCUCUGCUGGUACCAGUAUCAACGAUGGCUUUUGCAGGAAUUAUGAUUGUAGCGAACUGUACCAUACUGAGGUAUUGAAGAAACGAAUGGAUAAAAUGGCUCAAGCACAGGGCUUAGAAGGAGUAACAAUGGACUGUGCCAACUUGCUGAACAAUGGGUUAGAUGCUUAUUUGAAGAGGUUAAUUAAAUCAUGCAUUGAUCUAGUAGGAACAGGAACAGAGCAUGUAUCAACAAAACGGGCAGUUCCCAGUCUUCUGCCUUAUGCAAAGCCCAUUAAUGGUGUUUGGGCAAGAAGUAACAUCCAAAGGCAAGGUAGUGUUGGACCUUUGAUAGGCACACAUAUGUUACAUUUGAAGGAUUUUAGGGUAGCAAUGGAGCUAAAUCCACAGCAACUUGGGGGCGAUUGGUCCUUGCUUCUUGAAAAAAUAUGCGUUGACUCGUUUGAGGAAUAGGAAAAAAUCCGAAGAAUCUGGCUUGCAGAAAUCAUAGCACUUGGACGGGCUUAACUUUUAAGGACUGGUCUAUUUUGGACUUCAAUGGGCAGAUUCAAGAUCCUCAGCUAAAAGAUACACUUUGUGGGUUUCUUUUAGUAUCCACAGAGAAGAAUUCUGAUAAGUUCCUGCUACGGAACACCUCAAACAAUAACAAAUAAUAAAUGCGAGCUUGUCCAAAGGAAGAAACUCUUCUUGUUUGGCCCAUUAUUGUAGGUUAGCAUUCCUGAGGAGGCAUCUCCUUCACAGUAUCACCAUCUGAGGUGUCAAGCUUUUAUAUAAGUGACAUCAUGGAAGACUCUAAGGAAAUUCUGCAGGAAAUUUUUUCUGUAUCUUAUACAAUCAUCAUCUGUUGAUUUCUUGUUCGGAAUCUUUGGGUUACUGAUGUGCAUGAUGUUUUACAAUCUUCCUUAAUCAUAGUGGAUAAGCGAUAUUGGCUGUACCAAAAAUUUGGUGAGAAGAUUCUUAAAGUAAAGAAGGAUGGAAGCUUCCUACUUCAUCCUAAGGCGCCAUGUUUCUGCCCCUUCUCCAUCCCCAUCCACGGAAGACCAAAUUCUAUAACAGAAGUUACGAAGGAGCUAGUCUGUUCUGCAUCAGGCAGUGAUAGUGAGGAGAAAGCUAUGGAUGAUUUGUAGAGCAAAGAAAUAAAAAACCAAGGUCAGUUUGUUGGGCAGCGUGCCCAAAUAUGACGAAGAGCAAGGGAGUGCAGACUACAGUCCAGCGACCCUUCAUUAUCCUCUACCGCCCAAGAAUCAUCCUGAACUAUAGUCUUCAGUUUCUCCAAAUGCCAAAAUGAUGCAUCCUAUUUGCAUGUUGACUGUUGCUUCUCACCGAAAUAUGUUCUGCUAUGCUGUUCUCGUUUAAUGUACUUAUUUGGAGGCAUAUACAUUAGGUUUUUGCUUGGAGUUUGGACACUGUUCUUUGAAGGCAUAUAUUGUGAUGCUUCUUCUAGGAAGAUAUUCUCAUUGUGGAAGGAGACUUGGAAGUUUUGUGACCGUCAAACUGGGUUGCUUCAGAUAAUAUCAAGUUACCACCAUCAACAUUAUGAUGUGAGAAGACAGACUGUUAGUCAGAGGAACCAGAGAACUUGGUCUGAAAUCUUUGCACAUCAUCAAUUUAUCAGAUGAU